AUGGUGGGAUUUGAAGAUCUUCACAACACUACGAACAUUCAUAUUUAUAUAAACCUGAUCAUGAUGAACAGAAACGGUAAACGUAGGGAGAGACAUGGACAACUACAACUAAACCUUAAAGUUGACAACUUGCAUAUCAUCCGAAGUAGCACUCAGCGUAUCAUCCGAAGUAGCAGGGAGUGGUUUGAACCUCCACUCGUGAACGACUGGAUAGUCACCAAUGGGGCAAUAGACCGCGGCUUGAACAGUUUCCACAGGGCCAACAUCCUUCACGGUCAAAGUCAAGAACAUCACCAAGAUCCUGGACAGAUGCGCCUAGUUACACAGACGCACAGUCUCUUCAAUGAUUUUCUGAAUUGCACACUCAGCUGCUUCGCCAAUGUUAGCAUAGCAGCGUUGAUCAAUAUCGCGUUUACUCUGGCGCAGCUCUUCCAAUUGAAGUGGUAUGAAUGGCGUGUCAAGGCUAGUAGGCGGGCAGCAAUCCACGUCAUAACCCUACAAAAAUCAGAAGCAGCUCAUCAACCAUUUCAAUCAAACAAUAGAUCCCUGCGAUAG